AUGGGGAAUAAAAUUCUGCUUAAGGCUUUCUGUUUUUGGGCUUUGACAUGCUUGCUUCUUCCUGCUAGCUCUAAUGGUCUGGUCAGAAUAGGUUUGAAGAAGCGCCAUCUGGAUCUUCAUACCAUUAAGGCUGCCAGAAUUGCUAGACAGGAGGGACAAUCAAGAGUAGGUGCUAAUGGCAUGGUCCAUGAUCUAGGCAGCUCAGAUGGAGAUAUAAUACCCCUUAAAAACUAUUUGGAUGCUCAAUACUUGGGAGAAAUUGGUAUUGGUUCACCCCCGCAGAACUUCACUGUCAUAUUUGAUACGGGAAGCUCCAACCUCUGGGUUCCAUCAUCAAAAUGCUACUUUUCUAUAGCCUGCUAUUUCCAUUCCAAAUACAAGUCAAGCCGGUCGAGUACAUAUAUCAAGAAUGGGAACUCUUGUGAAAUACAUUAUGGAUCAGGAUCAAUUUCUGGUUUCUUUAGUCAAGACAAUGUUCAAGUUGGGGACCUCGUUGUCAAAGAUCAAGUUUUCAUCGAGGCUACAAAAGAAGGAAGUCUUUCAUUCAUAGUGGGGAAGUUUGAUGGAAUACUUGGGCUUGGUUUUCAGGAAAUUUCAGUUGGGAAUGUUGUCCCAGUGUGGUACAAUAUGGUGCAGCAAGAUCUUGUAGAAGAUGAGGUCUUCUCAUUCUGGCUCAACAGAAAUGCUGAGGCGAAAGAGGGUGGUGAGAUUGUUUUUGGAGGGGUUGAUGAAAAACACUUCAAGGGAAAGCAUACCUAUGUUCCAGUUACCAAAAAAGGUUACUGGCAGAUCAAUAUGGGAGAUUUUCUAAUUGGAAACCAUUCAACAGGUCUUUGUGCGGGGGGUUGUGCUGCAGUUGUGGACUCUGGAACCUCAUUGCUUGCUGGUCCAACACCUAUCAUUGCUGAAAUCAAUCAUGCCAUUGGAGCAGAAGGGCUUGUGAGUGCUGAGUGUAAGGACGUGGUUUCUCAGUAUGGAGACUUAAUAUGGGACCUCAUAACAUCAGGGGUACAACCUGGCAAAGUAUGCACGCAACUGGGUUUAUGCACUUUCAACGGGGCUGAGUAUGUGAGCUCUGGUAUUGAAUCAGUGGUUGAUAAGGAAAACAUGGAGGGAUCAUCUGUUGGUGAUGGUCUUCUAUGCUCUGCUUGUGAGAUGCUUGUUAUUUGGGUCCAGAAUCAACUGAGAGAGAAGGAAACAAAGGAGGCAGCAAUCGACUAUUUAGAUAAGUUGUGCGAAAGCCUACCCAGUCCAAUGGGAGAGUCAGUGAUUGAUUGUAAUAGCAUUUCAACCAUGCCAAACAUCGCAUUUACCAUCGCAGAUAAACCUUUUAGCCUCACUCCAGAGCAGUAUAUUCUGAAAACUGGAGACGGCAUUGCUCAAGUUUGCAUCAGUGGGUUCAUGGCUUUGGAUGUGCCGCCUCCACACGGUCCUCUCUGGAUUCUUGGUGAUGUAUUCAUGGGAGUGUAUCAUACUGUCUUCGACUACGGUAACCUUGAAGUGGGUUUUGCAGAGGCUGCUUAG